AUGAAAAGAAGAAGUGAUUAUGAUCUCCAAGCUAAGACUAGUGCUGAAAUGCUUCAGCUGUACAAAGUGAAAUUGGAAGGUGCUAACAAUUUGAAGAAAAUGAAGGGGUCUAGUCAAAUACAACAGCAAAAGAAAAACCAGAGCCAGCAAAGCGAAGAUCAAAGGAAGAACCAUGUGAGUUUUAGAAAAUCAGUUCAAGUAGAAGAAUCUUCCUCUAUACAACAAAAAAUACAGCAGCAGAGGCAGCAACCGGUGAACUCUACGAAAUCUAACCAAGAGGAUCAUUCUGAUGAACAAGGCUCCAAAAAAAAACAUACGAUGCAACCAUUGAGCACUAGAAUAGAACUACAAGCAACUAGAUCUACUCAAAUUCCAGAGGCACACUUUAGAGAGUUGAUAGAUUAUUGGAGGCUUGAAGCAAUUAAAGAAAUCAGUGCCAAAAAUACUAGAAAUAUAGCACAGCAGAAAUGGAGACACCGAGUGGGGCCUAUAAGCUUUGCUUGUAUAAGGGAGAGAUUGCGUGCAAGCAAAGAGGAUGGAGAGAGCUCUACUCAAGCUGAUAUUUUCAUUGAAACUCGUAAAAGCAAGAAAGGAAAAAAGGUGGAUGAAGAAACAAAUAAUGUGAUUACAAAACUUCAUGACUUGGUUGAAAAUUAUGGUCAAUCUUCUUCUGAAGCUUUUAAGCAAGUGUUUGGCGACGAAAGACCGGGGAGAGUGCGAUGCUACGGGAGAACUAUGACACCAAGUGUCUUCAAAAGGAAUAAUGAAAUAGCUGAAAUUGAGAAAAAACAUGCGAAGGAAGUCCAACGUUUAACUGAUAAGGUGCAUGACAUGGAGGCAAAGCAUGAGGACAUGGAGCGAAAAUUUCAAAUUCUUCUACGGACCAUGCUGAACCAUACUGACAACGCAGUUGAUUUGGAUGCUUUAGCUGCCUUGUUACUCCCCAGUGAUGACAAUGGCCCUCUACAUUCAUCUACAUCUGUGCAUGCUCCAAAUAAUCAAGAGGAACUUUUGAGGAAUUUCCUGAGGAGCAACGCUUUGCUUGUGAGGAAGAGUUUGAAGUUCACCCUGGAGAAUCUACAGGAGCAUUUGCAAGUGAAACUAAAGCAGCAAGAGCUCAUGAUUUAAUUUCCAUUAAGAUGCGCGGAGAUUCCGCAAAAACAAAUUUUCUGGCGAAUUCCUAUAUGGAGGACAUCUCAAAAAUGAAAACAAUGAGCGUAGACGAUUGUAUUCUUUCUCUUAGAAGUUAUGAUCAAACUGGAGACUUUCACAAUUGAUUGGAGUGUGGACUAUUUCAGGGACAAGAAGAAGGCUAAGUCCGCGAGUUAUACUGGCAUAAAAAG